UUGUUAUCGCUGAAUUAUCCAUCGACUCACUCGGACCCCGCCCACACCGCAAACACGUGACGUCACACACACGAGGCACGAGUGACGUCACGGGCGUUAUAUAAGAGCUGUGGUGUGAGCUCUGCGGCGUCAGUAGUCAAGUGAGCGUCAGUUUAGCGGCGAAUCGUGAUAUCACGCGGUUGUGUUACAUAAUCCUCUCCCAUCCUACCCGCCAUACAUAUCGGGAGAGAGGAGAGAGGACUCACUGUGCGGCCCUCUUCCGGGUCAGACCCAAGGCCCUAUAUACCGUCAGACCGAGGUGAGGAGCGGUGGACGGCGGAGCGGACGCAGGUGGAGACUGAAGGUCACAGCGGCCGGGCGCGGAACAGUCGGCGGCGGGUGGGCGGCGCCAAGGCGGCGCGUGUGUCGGCGAGCGGUAGUCUGAGGUCGAGCCAGCGUAGUCGGAGAUAGAGCGGCGACUGGACGGGAGGGCGAAGACUGAGGGCUGACCGUAGACAGCAGCGGGGGAGCGUCUAACGUCGCCAUGGGGCUGCCGCCGAAGGAGAAGGUGCAGUUUGCGUGCACGGUGAUCGCGCUGCCGUUGUACGCGCUGACGCUGUUCUUCAACUACGCCUCCAGUAACGCCAGUCUUGGGAUCGUGCCCAAGUCUGCCGCCGACGUGUCGGACACACACGAGGUAUUCAUCACGCCCAUCGGCUGGGCCUUCGCCAUCUGGGGCAUCAUCUACACCUGGCUCGGCAUCGGACUCGUCUACGGUCUGAGCCAGCUGUGGCGGCGGACGGACGCCGGCCCCGUCUACCUGACCCCGGUCACCCUCCCUCUGUCCUUCUGGCUGCUCAUCAUCGCCAGCUUCUGCGUUAACGUUGGCUGGCUGUUCGCCUGGGGCUACGAGGAGUUGACGGCGGCCUGCGUGCUGCUGCUGCUGCUGGCGCUCUGCAACGUCCUCGCGCUGGUCGUCCUUCACAUUCGCUACUACCGAGCCCAGUUCGCCCAGCCGCCUCCCACCCCGCGGGAGAACUGGUACGUCAAGACGUGCGUCCACAACGGUCUGGCCCUGUACACCACCUGGACCAUCAUAGCGGCGCUCAUCAACCUCGACGUGGUCAUCGUCUAUGUGGGGGAGGGCUCUAACGAGGUAGCCAGCUCGGCCAUCGCCGGUGUGUUGGCCGCUUCCAUCGUCAUCUGGCUUCUCCUCGAGAUCACCGUAUUGGACAAGUACACGCGCUGGACCAUCACACCCGGAUUCGUGCUGGUGUGGGCUCUGUCCGCCGUCUACCAGAAGAACUACGAUAUCGCCACGGGCAGCACACCCACCAUGCUGAUGAUGGCGCUGGUCACCGCCUGUGUAUCGCUGGCCGGCCGCCUCGCCACCCUGGUCUACUUCACCUACCGAGACAGCAGCUCGCGCUCCAUGAGAGUCACCUGCGCUUAGGGGCGUCGGAGGGCAGCUAGAGUCGUAAGAGGGCGUGCGGAGUCGUCAUCAGAGAGCGUUUGGAGUCGUCAGAGGGCGUGCGGAGUCGUUGGAGAGGGCCUGGAGUCGUUGGAGAGCGUCUGGAGUCGUUGGAGAGCGUCUGGAGUCGCCAGGAGCGUCCUAGGCCGCGAGAGGGAGUUUAUAGUUCCCAUAGGGUGGCGGUGGAGCGUCGGAGAGGAUUCCGGGAGACACCUGACGGGCGCUUUAACUAUGGAUGCACAUGCGGAGGGGAACCCUGGGUCCCUGAGGGAGGAGGCAAGAAGUUCUCCGGGGGCGCCGGCCAGGCCCAGACAGUGUAAGGUGGACUGGAUCGUUGAGAGGGAGGAAGAGUAGGAUGAAGCGUUUUGUUAGAUCGAUGUGUGUGUUGGAUUAGCUGUACUUGGUUAGUAUCAUUGUGAACGUUUCAACUUCGUGAUAUAAUGUGGCCUUGCUAUUUAUGUGGUUAUGUAUAAUAUCGUCACAAAGGUCGUUUAGAGGCCGACGCUAAAGGACUACGCCCUCAUAUUCACCCGAGUUGUGUAACGCUUACAGUUGUGAGAGCACCUAAUAGAGACUCAAGCCUGUGCUAUGAGUCUAAUUCGAUGUGAUGAUCAUGAUUUAGUUAGAUUUUUCACUCGAUGAGACUGAACAGUGAACAUCUUCCUAUACCAAUGCAUGUCUUAGAAUGAAAAAUCUUUGAUCGACUGUAUUGACAUUGCGUUUCUAAUGUUUUUCCUAUUGUUGUCGAUAAAUUCCAGGCUUUGCUGUAAUUGUUUUUCAGUAUUAACAUUGAGGCUCAUUGCGUUCGUGUUUUGUUUUUUGUCCAUGUGAUCACCGAUUGACAGCAAGGGCUAGUAUUUUAUUUUUAAGUAGUGAAUUUAAGAGGACCGUCUUAGUUGUGAGUCCUGAGUACUACUCAUUCAAAUGGAUGUGUUCAAAGAAAUGCUGGUGGUGAAC